UGACAUGCCAAAACUCUCUUUUGCCCAGAAAGGCAUCUCUAUUACUUAAAGCUUUUCAAGUAAUCAGGGUAUUAACCAGUAGGCUUUUGAGGCUGGUUGGGAAAUCAACUUGCAAGGCUUAGGACAGAUUUUCCAGACAACGUUCAAGGAACGUUAACACCAGAACUGAUCAGCAAAUCAAUCCUGCAAAAACAGCUGAGUCAAACAAAAACAGCAGAACGUACAACCCGUGGAAAUAUUUCUGAAGGUCAGAAAAGGCAGAGCCCAUUUGCUUCAACUCCAGAGAGGUCUGGAAUCUGGACUUGACGGCUUGCCAUCUACGACGACGAAAUUGCGAGCCACUGAACUGUAUCACCGGAAAACAGAUCUGUGGUGAAGAAAAACCUCGGAUGAAGGGUCUGACUUGGUCCAACAUGCUGCUUCUGCUGCUGCUCACUCCCAGCUUGGUCCUUUGUGACACUAACACCACCGUGGUAUGGGAAGACGCGCCGUCUACCGUCAGCCCCCUUGUAGACAUGCAGAAGAAAAUUAACGAUCUGUGGCUGAGUUUGCUGUACCCCCAGCUAUACGAGGACAUCAUCAAAGCCAACCGGACCGCCUACGCUUGCUGCGCAGUCAAGCCCAGUAGCAAAUUAGAGGCGGAGAAACCUCAGGUGAAGGGUUCGGUUUUGUUCAAGCAGGGCUACCCCCAUGGAAAGCUGGAGGUCAUCAUCUACCUGGCCGGCUUUCCCAUGAACACAUCGGCCAGGGCCAUUCACGUCCACCAGUACGGUGACCUCAGCGACGGCUGCGAUUCGGUCGGAGGUCACUACAACCCUUGGAAAGUCAACCACCCUCACCAUCCUGGGGAUUUUGGGAACUUUGAGCCUCAAGAGGGCAAGGUUCAAAGAUUCAAAUCGAACCUCAAAGCCACCCUCUUUGGACCCCAGACCAUUCUAGGAAGAUCGGUUGUGAUCCACGAGCAGAAAGAUGACCUGGGAAAGGGCGGCAACAAAGGCAGCCUGGAGCACGGGAACGCUGGCCUGCGUCUAGCGUGUUGCGUCAUCGGCACCUGUAAGGAGAACCUGUGGGAGCAGCAUUUGCCUAAAGUCCCCACCAAAAGGAAGAGAAGGGUUAUAAAAUUGGGGGUCCCUUGAGCGUGGCUGGCAUCCCGAAGGCCGAUCCACGGAGUUUUGUCUCUGCUAAGCUGAGUACGACGACGGCAUCUCUUCCGAAAAUGUUAAAAGCGUCCUCUCUCCUUUAGUGAAUUCUUCACUCUAUAAGCAGGUUAAUAAUAAAGAAGAGCAGCGUUAGCCUGUGCCAA